AUGGCUGAUCCAAUUCAAAAACUUAAAAAUGAUAUAGCUUUAAAUAAUGUAGUGAUAUUUAUUGGGAGUGGUGUAUCUAUUUAUACAGCAAACGAUGAACAAAAAGUAUCUGAUUGGAAAGGAUUAUUAAAACAUGGAUUACAACAAUGUUACCAUUCAGGAUGGAUGAGUGAUGAAGAAUUUGAGGAUUUCGAUACUAAGUUCAACAGUAGUACAGCAGAAGUUGACGACUAUUUACUUGCUGCCGAUCAAAUUAAGACUUAUUUCCAAAUGGAAAAUGAUAAAAUAAAUAAUGAUCUUUACAAAACAUGGUUAAGAGAAACAGUAGGAAAUUUAUCAGCUAAAAGACUGGACCUUGUUAAAUCUAUAGGAGAAUUAGGAUGCUUGAUUUUAACAACUAACUAUGACUCAUUGCUUGAAGAUGUACUUGGCAAAAAGUCAUUACGUUGGAAUGAAUAUUAUUCUAAUGGUAUUGAUGAUUCCUUAGAGAAUCUCAAAGAUUAUAUUCUACAUGUAUAUGGACAUUUUGAAGAUAUAGAUAGUAUAAUUUUCAGUAGCCAUGAUUAUUAUCGACUUUUUGAAAAUGAAUCUAGACAAUCAAAAUUAAGAGAAAUUAUGGAAACAAAAACUUUGUUAUUCAUUGGAUAUGAUGUCGGGAUAUUUGAUCUAAAUUUUUACAGUUUAUUAAAAUGGAUAUCUUUUGUAAUAGAUGACAAACCAUCAUCCAUGUAUAAACUUGUUAAAUCCAAUAAAUAUAAUAUGUUUCAUCAAAUAUCAGAUACUUCCUUUUUGGAGAAUAUUAAGGAAGUUCCAUAUGGCAAUAAUGCGGAAGAUUUAUUAGAAUUUCUAAAAAAUCUCAAAUCGUUUACACCAUUAAUACGUGAAAAUUUAUUAUUAACAGAGAAAAAAGAAUUUGUUCGUAAAAAAUAUUUGAAUUAUCUUAUCAACGAAUAUGCACAUGUAUCAAUUAUUGGAUAUUCUAAUACUAACAUGAGUUUACCUUUGGAAAGUGUCUAUGUAGAAUUAAAAUUUGAUCCAACACAUCCAUCAAUUAGAGCAAUGAAAAUGCUCGAAAUCACUGAAGAGUUUAAACGUAAACUUUUCUCUCCUGGCUUUUUUAAUGAGCAUGAAAGGCAACAAUUGAACAGAGCUAUCAUAGAAAAAAAUGCUUUCAAUUCUGAAAUGUACUGUAGAGACUUCAUGAUUGAUCAAUGGUUAAAUGUCUUGUUAAGCAACAAAAAUAUAUUUACUGAUAAUGAGGCGAAUGCUAUCAAAACAAAAGUAAAUCGAUUAAAACAAAAUAUUCUGGAACAAAAUAAUUUUAAAGAAGCAAGGCAAUAUCAAAUUCAACAAGCAUACAAUGAUUUGAAACAUUUCAUAGUCUUAGGUCAUCCUGGUUCAGGUAAAACUACAUUGUCGAAAUGGUUGGUCAUCAAUAUGGCUAAGCAAUGUUUAGGUAAAAAGAAUAUGUUAUUUGAUCAUAUUUAUUCUAGGAAAGAGAAAAUACCAAUUCUUAUUCCAAUAUGGAAAUAUGUUGAUCAAAUAAAAGAAAAUCAUAAUGAAAACAAAUCUACUUUGCUUCAGUUUAUUUAUGAAAAUCCUACUUUUGACUCAACAUUUUUCAAUAAUGAAGAACGAAUAGAAUUAUCAUUUUUAAUGAAAGAAUCAUUAGUAGAAGGAAACGUUUUAGUUAUAUUCGAAGGCUUAGAUGAAGUUCCUAUUCAUGUAGAUCGAUCUGAUUUAAUAAAGGAAAUAAACACAUUAUUAGAACGAGGAAUAGAUUAUGAUGUAAUACAUAAUAAACUUAUUUAUUCAAUUUAUGAACAAAAAGAAAUACAUAAUACUAGAGAUCCUACAAUUGGAAAUCGAUUUAUCAUAACAAGUCGUAUUGAAGGAAAUUAUUUUGAAGAUAUCAAUUUUUUUAUUCCAAGAUUAACUAUUGAAGAUAUGUCUAAUGAUGCUCUCAAAUUAUUUUGUAGUUCAUAUAUGAAAUGUAUUAACGAAAUUUCAAUUAAAGCUGGAAGAAUUAUGAAACAAAAUGAUACCGAUCAAUUAUAUAAUGAUAUAACGGAAAACAAAGAUAUUUUUCAUUUGGCAAUUAAUCCACAAUUAGCCAGUGUAAUUGCUGCAGUUUAUAAUCAAUGCGAAGGUCAAUUACCAGAGAAAAGAAUUGAUUUAUAUGAAAAAGCCAUCGAAAAAAUGAUAGAACGAUUAAUAACGCUUUAUAUCGAUUCUUCAACAAAUUACCUAGGCAAAGAGUUUGGACUCAAUGCCACUAUGAUUUGGUCAAUAUUACAAGAAAUAGCUGAAUAUCUUCAUAGUAAAGUUGAAGGAUUAUCAGAAAAGAUGUUAAAAGAGAUAAUAAGAAAAUGUUUAUUAGAUUAUCAAAAACAAUCAUCGAAAAGUCUAGAAACAAAGAUUGACAAAUUAAUCUCAAACCUUGUAGAUAUUUUUAAAUAUCAAGCAGGUAUACUCAAUGAAUUUGGUCAUAAUAGUUUUCGAUUUAUACAUCGUACGUUUCAAGAAUAUCUUGCAGCUAAAAGUAUUAUCAUUCAUAAUGGAAUCGAACAAUCUGAAGAUAUGAUUUAUCACAAUAUUCAUAGUAAAAUUGGUAUUCCCAAUUGGAGAGUUCCUCUUAGUAUGACAUUUGGAAUUUUGAGUAAAUCAAUUGAAUAUAGUCUAUUAUUUAACAAUAUUAUUAAAAGAUUAUUAAAAGAUGAGAAAACUUCAUCGAAUAUGCAAUCUUCUAUACUUCUAGUACCAUUUGUUAUUAUUGAUUCAUUAAAUGACAUGCAUUUUUCAUCUAAAGAUACAGAACAUGAAUUGAUUCGGAAAUUAGCAGAUAUGUUGUUGUUUGAUUAUGAAAAUGUGUCUGGUUUUUCACGCUUAAAAGAACAUCAAGAAUUGAUACAAUCCUAUUUCUUGAAAUUGAAAAGAAAAUAUGAUAAUAUAAUGGCAGAAUGGUUUAUUGAAAAGCUUAAUCAUGAAGAUGAUGUUGCUCCAUGUACUAAUAUUAUUUAUCAAUUGAAAUGGUAUAAUCCAAAAUUUCAUGAAAUAUUUCUAAAGAAUUUACAUAAUGAUUCUAUAAUUUGGAAUUGGCCAAUCGAUUCGAUCCUACGAUUCUAUUCAAAUGAAAUUAAAGAUGAAGUAGUUUUAACUCAAUUAAAAUUCAAAAAUACAAUAAAUAAAAAUCCAGAAAUGAUCAAAUUUAUUGUAAACAGCAAUGCUUGGCUACCUUUAAUUAUAGCUCUUUAUGGAGGUUAUAAGAAUUAUAAGACUCCAUCAAGUAUUUCUGAAUAUUAUGAAAUAGCUCAAUUUCUAGAUUUAAGCUCUAUGGAAAGAGCACCAUUUACUUUUUACUAUCAAGAAAUUUGGGAUAGGGAUGAUGCAGCUUAUAGCAUGGCUGUAUAUCUUGAUACAAAAAUAAAGAAAGAACGCUGGACUGAAAAGCCAAUAUUUGAUAAAAAUGACAUCUACAAGGAGUCAUUUUUGACAAAUAAAAUCCUCGAACUGCUUCAUGAAGGAAAAUCUACGAUAGAAUUAAUAGAAGACUUGCAUAAACAAAUCAACAGUCAAAAAUUAAGUAAAAGUGAAAAAGUAGAAAUAUCCAUCGCAUUAAUCGCUUUGGGUGACUUCGACUUCAUAAAUGUUCUUAUAGCAGAAGAAGAAGAAACAUUCAUAAAAAACUUCAGAAACAGAAUCGAACAACUUAUUGAUAUUUUGAAAGAUCCAAUUGCAAGAUGGUCUUCUCAUAUUUCCAAAUAUUUACUUGAAAUUUAUAAUGGUAUGAAAGCGAAUCAGUCACUGUAUGACAUUAACUUUUUACAUUAUUGCAGAAUAUAUUUAUCCAUACUAGCCAAUAGCGGAGCUUUGCCAAUAGACACUAGGAUAUUAGCAGAAGCUGUAGAUAAUAUUGAAGAUAAAUAUAGUUUAUAUGCAGAAUAUUUUGCCUUUCAGAUCGCUGGUAUGGCUAAUAAUUUCCAAUAUCAAGUCGCUGUAUUAUGUGACCAGUGCAUUUCGUCAAGUGAACCUGAUCAGAUUAUAAAAUCAUUUUUAAAAAUCAGUGAUACAAUUCAGAUUUAUAGGCCAGUUCGAGGGUAUCCAUGGGUCACAGACAUAUUUACUUUUAAAUUAAACAAUGAUGAUGAUGCUGAUGUUGAUAUACCAAUAGCAUUGUUCAACUGUUUAGAGAAUAUCAAUACAAAUAUAGCAUACUUAGUGGAUACCGUUUCUGAAACUUUUCGUAAAAAAGAAUAUUUCAAGAAAAAUUCAGAAUUGAUUCCAUUGGUUGUAUUGUUACAUUUUGGAAUUAUUUCAAAAGACAGUGAUAGGUUAAGGAUUUACAAAAAUUUACUACCUGAAUUAGCUGAACAGUAUGAUGUAAAAGAAUUUUUAUUUGAAAGAAUUCAAUCCAUGUGUAAUCCAUAUUAUAAAUCAAGAGCAUUAUAUCAAUUAGCUGAAUUUUAUGAUGAAAAAAGUUAUGAAUUGCUAAAUGAAUCAUUUAUAUUAACAAAAAAUAUUCAAGAGCCAACGUUAAAAUUUCAAGUAUUAGAAAAAAUUUUUAGCAUUACUCAUUAUAAAGAAGUAGAUCGCAAACUAUUCAUUCAAAAAAUUGUCGACGAGUUAAUUUUAACAUUUGAAAAUAUUGAUGAUCUUCAUAAUCGAAUUAUUGCAUCAAUAAGAUUAUCAUUUUAUGGAUCAAGAGAAUUUCGAAAAAAAUAUUUAACUAUUGCUAUAGAAACACUUGAUCGAAUGAAUGAAGAUAAUGACAAAAUCAAAUUAAUUAUUAAAUUGAAAUCAUUAAUUAUUAUCUACGAUGAUCUUCUAAUCAAAAUAAAUGGAAUGAUAGAAACACUCAAGAAUAAAAUGUAUAAUUAUUUUGUCAAUUCUUAUUAUGGAAGAAUAUUAUUUACUGAAACAUUACAAGUUUCUAAGUCAAACGUAAAUUUAGAAAAUGAGAAUGAUAACAAAGAAAUUAUCGAUCUUUCAAACUAUACAGAACUUCAAUCUUUAUUUGUAUUGGUUGCACAAUUGAAUGAUACAAAAUUAAUUAUGGAUAAAACAGAGAGCACUGAUCAAUUAUGGAUUCAUCUUUUUAAAGAUACUGAUAAUCAGUCCAAUAUAGAAAAAAUAUUAACUAUUGGUUUACAUGAUGGAAUAUUUUUGACACCACAAGUAGCCAUUAUUAUAGAUGAAUUAAUAGAAAAAGGAAAAGAGGAUCAUAUAUCUAUGCUUUUUCCCUAUAUUAUAAAACCUUCAAAUGAAGUAUUACCUGUUGUUCAGCGAUGGUUUACUCAAAACAAUAAUAAUAAUAAUCAAAUUAAAAAUCUAGCAGCUCUUUUACUUGCAGAAACCAGGCAUGUUUUUGAAUCAGUUAUCGAUACAAUUAUUGAUUUGCUCAAAAGUGAUAAUGAUCAAAUGAGAUAUCGAGCUCAACGAAUUUUUCAACAUCCAGAAAGAGAUGUUAAAGAACCCAGCAAGAGACUAUCUGUAUUAGGAGAAAAAACAAUGAUGAAAAUUCUCGAACAUGCUCUAGUGAAAGAGCAUCUUCCAAGAGUUCGUGCUUAUUUUUUUACAUUUUUCUACGACUUACUAUGGGAUGAUCCUGUAGUUUUUCAUAACUUAAGUCAAAAUAUGAAUCAAUUACAAGAGAGAAACUCUGUUAGUGAAAGAAGAAUUCAAUUUCUCGAUAGAAUUUAUUUUAUUAAUAAUCAUACUUGGAAUUCAAUAAUGCAAACUUUAGAAUCAUCUUUAUAUCCAUUGUAUAUAGAAAAAUUACUUCAUUCUACGAUGCAUUUAGCAAGACGUUCUCAGAUUAUAGAAGAUGAUUGGAUUAAAUUUGCAAGAUUAUUAGCAGUGUCUGACACAUGUCAAUUUCAAGAGCAUGUAUACUUUUCACAUACAGAUAUAGAACUAAUACAAGUAAUUCUUGAUGAAGUUUCUGCUUCAACAACUAUUACUGAUGAAACAUAUUUUGAAAAUCUUGAAUCAAUCUUAAUCAUUCAAACAACCAUUAAAGUUGAAGAUCUUUCACGACAGAACUACGAUCAAAUCCAACAUAUAGGUCGUUGUAAUUUUACUGUUUCAAAUGAUGUAAACAAAACAAUAUUAAAUUUAUUAAGUAAUUUUUCGAUAAAUAUUGUUCUAAUGAAGAAUUUAAUUCAAUGGUUAAUACUCAAAAUGAUAAGUUUUAAUGGUUUUGAUGAUACUAUAUUUGAAUUGAUUCUAUGUGAAACUUUAUUAUCUUUGGUUUCUGCUUGUGUUCAAAAGGAAGAUUAUUUGUAUCGAAAAAUAACAAAUUCUCCAAAUUUUAAUAAAGUUCAAAUGAUUCAACUGUUGGAGAAAAUGCUUAAUUAUCAUCCCUAUUUUCCAGCAAGAGGUAAUGCUUUUAUAUUACUUUCAGCUAUGGAACAGUUUGAUCAUAAAGUAAUUAUCAAUGCUAUGAACACAUUAUUUGAUGAAAAUCUUGUGAAAGAAUAUUCCGUGAUUGGAGUUCCUCUCAUUCGUUUAUCAUCUGAUGAAUUGAUUGAUGAUUUAAUGGUAUAUUUGAAAAGUGAAAGUGCCAUAAAAGUUUAUGAAAUAUUAAAAAUUUUAACAGAAUUUGCUUUAAAUGAAAAAAUAGAUAUGAACAGCAAAUCAAAAAUUAUGAAUUACUUAACAAAUGAAAUUGUACAAUUAAAAUCAAAGAAACUUGUUAAUUAUUACUAUACAGACAUUAAAAUUCCUUUCACAACAACAUUAGAACAUGAAUAUUAUAAAGCAUGGAUUAAAAUACAAGGACUCUCGGGUAAAGCACAAUAUUCAAUCAACAUUAAAGAAUCAAACAAAUAA